GUUGUUGUUGUGUACACGAAGCAGACUUGAAUUGUUUGCCAAUAAAGUUGCAGCAGAUAUUGUCACACAAUUGCAGACGUUAGUAAACUUGGUGGUGGCGCCUAGCACCUUUUGUUAUGUUCUUCUCCGCGUCUAGGAUUGUUGUUUUUGAAGCAAACUGAGUAUUAGUAAAAGCUUUUAAUUCAUUGUGCUGGAGCUCUAGUGAUCUUAAAGUUAGUGAUUGAGGUCAAGAACAAUCUAUUUAUGUAUGGAAAAUACCAAACGUAAAUCAUAUUUAUCCAUGGAACGACUAUGUACUUGCAUCCUUUGACCAACUUCAGUAUCUGCAGGUUAGUUUUGCUUGGUUCGAGUCCAGGUUUCGUGUUUUGUUUUGCAGACAGGAACAUGCUCAAAUCCCUGUUCACACCAGCGCGCGCACUUUGAAAACCAAGUUGGAGUCGGUCCGGCUCGAGCUCGCCCCUGCUUGCCAUGCCCGCCCAUCGCCACCGCCUCCGCCUCCGCUUCCUCGCGGCACUCGUCGGGCUCCAACCCGCCGCCGCCGGUUUCUCCACGGCGCCGUCCCGUGGGUGCCCGCUACACGCCGCGCUCGCGCGCCGGGGCGCCCCAGCGGCCGCCGCGCUCGCCCUCUACUCCCGCAUCCGCGCCGCCGCCUCGCCGACCCCCUACACCUUCUCCCUCCUCCUCGCCUCCCUCGCCUCGUCCUCGCCCCGCGCUCCCUCCCCCGCCGCAGGCGGAGGAUGCGAUGGCCGCGCCGCCGCGGGGCUCGCGCACGCGCAGGCUCUCAAGUGCGGCGCGCUCGCGCACACCGUCGUCACCAACUGCCUCCUCAAGCUCUACUGCGCGCUCGGCCUCCUCCCCGACGCGCGCAGGGUGUUCGACACGACCGGCGCCGCCGCGCUGGACGGCGUCUCCUGGAACACGAUGGUGUCGGGAUACGGCAAGAGCGGCGACCUGGAGACCGCGCGUGAGCUAUUCGUCAGAAUGCCCGACAGGAGCCUAGUUUCCUGGAGCGCGAUGGUCGACGCGUGCGUUCGCGCGGAGGAGUUCAGCGAUGCGCUGAGGGUGUUUGAUCGGAUGAUGGAGGAGGGAUUCAGGCCAGACGCAGUAGUGCUGGUCAGCAUGCUCAAGGCUUGCGCACAUCUUGGUGCUGUUGAGACGGGGCGGUGGGUUCAUAGGUAUCUGGAAGCGGAGGGGUUUGGGAGGAGGCCACAGAAUGUCAUGCUUGAGACUGCGCUUGUGGAUAUGUAUUGCAAGUGUGGGUGCAUGGAGGAGGCGUGGCAGGUCUUUGACAGAGUUUGGAGCCACGAUGUGGUGUUAUGGAAUGCAAUGAUUGGCGGGCUUGCGAUGAAUGGUCAUGGCAAGCGUGCAAUUGAGUUGUUUAGAAGGAUGCUUGACAAGGGGUUUGUGCCGAAUGAGUCAACAUUUGUUGCUGUUUUGUGUGCGUGCACCCAUGCAGGGCGUGUGGAUGAAGGAAAGGAGGUUUUCAGGUCCAUGCGGGACCAUGGGGUUGAGCCCCGGCGGGAGCACUACGGAUGCUUGGCUGAUCUCCUUGGACGUGCAGGGCUUGUGGAAGAAGCUGAAGCUGUGUUAUUGGACAUGCCAAUGGAUCCACAUGCAUCACAGUUGGGGUCUCUAAUGUCAUCAUGCCUGAUGCACAACAACAUUGUUGUGGGCGAACGUGUCGGAAAGAAACUUAUUGAGCUAGAGCCUGAUGAUGGUGGACGUUAUGUUGCUCUGUUCAAUCUAUAUGCAGUCAAUGGUUUAUGGGAAGAUGCAAAAGCUGUUCGGCAGAUGAUGGAGGAGAGGGGAGCCAAGAAGGAGACGGGCUUGAGCUUUGUUGAGUGGAAUGGUUUGGUCCAUGAAUUCAUGUCAGGGGAUACUAGACACCCCCAAACAAGGAUGAUCUAUGCAUUAUUGGAAGAUAUGGAACGGAGGUUACAACUGAUUGGUUAUGUCAAGGAUACCAGCCGAGUGCUUAUAGACAUGGACGAUGAGGAAGAUAAGGGCAGUGCCUUAUCCUACCACAGUGAGAGGCUUGCAUUAGCAUUUGGAAUCUUAAACAUUCCCCAUGACAUGCCUAUUCGUAUUGUCAAGAACCUUCGAGUGUGCCGUGACUGCCAUGUGCAUGCCAAACUUGUAUCCAAGCUCUACCAGCGUGAGAUCAUUGUGCGUGACCGCCAUCGCUUCCACUUGUUCCGUGAUGGUGUUUGCUCCUGCAAUGACUAUUGGUGAAGUUGCUACUGACUACUGGGUAUAACAUGGUUAUCAACAUCAAUCUGAAAACAGCAACUAAACAGAUUAUCAGUUGACCCAUGACUGUUACAACCAAGGUGAAUGUGGAGGAUAAGAGAAAACUUGGUUCCCGUGUUGAUCUCUAUGUAAGACUGAAUUUCCCCGAGAACAGAAUCUGAUACUGCAUAGACUGCUUUUGCAGUCUACAUUUCCUGAUGACCAAUGUCUGUGGAGGACGGCCUACCAUUUCCUUCUUAAGUUCCUGCCUCCCGUACCUCAUCCAGUUUGGAGUCUCAAUGCUUGGUUAAUUGUCUUGUUGGCACUCAAAAGUCAGAACUGAGAAACAAACAAAGCACGGGCUGAUCUUGGGGCUGGUUUCUGAUGUUUAACAUUGGUUAUUGUGAUAUCCGAUUUCAUCUUCUGAACCUCGGCUCAAGUUAUCCCCUGCCAAAGUCAACUUAAUUUGAGGCCUGGGGGCUGGGGCCAUCAGAAUCAGAUGCUCGUCUGGAGUCAUGAAAGAUCUCAAUAAGUCACAACAGUCAAUCCAGUGUCUUGGUUGAUGAUGUAUGGAACCUUGGAAGCUUUUGAUGGGCAAAUUCAGAGUUGAAGGCAGGUGAUGGUGCAGGUGGAAAGCAGCUGUAGGUGGCAGAAGAUUAGCUGUUGCUGAAAAACAGCAAGAAGUACAUUUGAUGCAUCCACAUAAUCCAGUCGUAGAUGUUUGUCAUCCUGGUGACGGCGUCGAGAAGGGAAGAAAUACCACCUGCCGGCCGAAGGAAAGCAUCUUGUUUCGCUGACCCUGAGGCUGAGUGAGAGAGAUCGAGACCCUUCCAGCAGUCUCUCUCCUUUACCUCUGCUUUGCUCUGCUCUGUACGUUCCUUCCUCUCUCUCUCUCUCUCUCUCUCUCUCUCUCUCUCUCUCAGUUCCGACUUCCCAUGGACUACUCAAGUGGUGCGUCGGCGUCGGGGAGGGCGAGGGCGCGGUGGUGCUACUGCCGCUGCUUCCGCCGGUGGUGCCGCUGCUUCUGCGGCUGCUACUGCUGCAACUGCUUCCCCGACGAGCCCCACGACGAACCCCGCGCCACCGCCUACGCCUAGGGUCCCGGGCUCUCAGGGAGAUGCUCAUAUAGUCAUAUGAGCACCGUGAGGAAAUCAAGUACUGUCGUCAUGUACACUAGGAAAAUGGCUACCUUAUUCUUGAAGUAGAUGUUGAAGCUCUUUUUCAGAUGGUUGUUGGACAAUAAAUUUGACGGUACAUUAGGCAAAUAGUUACUUGUGAUGAGGCUGUUUAAAGUAUUCCGCUCAUAAUGUUACCUAGAUGGGAAUCAAAGUAGCACUUCUUGUAAUACUAGCUAAUCUGUGUUACAUGGUUUGCUAAACCAAAGUUGCAUACUAGCACUUUCUGCAUACACGGAUACACCCGGAUGUACAUAAACAAAAUUAUAUUAUCUGUUUCUCUCCAAUGAUACUUGUGUAUGUUUAUACAUUCUUUUAUGACUAUGUUCCACAUUUUGAUAUAUGUACUAAGGUAUUUGAUGAAUGUC